UUCCUUCUUCUCUUUAUCUUCACUCUUUUUUCUGUCACUCUGAUACCUAUCACCAAGUAAUGACUCCAACACAAAGCAAGGGCGGUGUGGCUGACUCGACUGACGCACGCCGACGUAGAGGGGAUGAAGAACCGAAAGCUGUUUCUCCGAACUCUUUAGCGGGAAAAGGAGGUGGUGCUCCCGGUGCUACCAAGAAAUCUGAUGUAAUACCAAACUUUUCUUCUAGAAACACUGUUGCUACUCAAAAUAAUGGAAAAUCGUCGGCAAAAACAUGGAAUGGUGGUGAAGCUAAAGGAAAAGAACAGGCGAAGGCUACAUGGAGAUCUUCGUCAAAACUUGUCCUUGGUGGGAAAGGCAAAGGAAAAGAGAAAGUGGAUGACGAUUACAAAGCUCCUGCAGCAUCAGAUGUAGGUGGUGAAUCCAAAGGAAAAGAGUAA